AUGGCCGAAGACGGGAUUAUAUGUGAGUCCGCCAUGGAACCUGAUUCCAAGGGUACUCCGAACGAUGAAAAUUCAGAAAGUCAAGCGCCAAGUCCUCGCUACACCAUCUUGGCCGACACAGUUCUGGUUCCCCAUGCUGUUACGGAUGAAGAGACUCCGACCACCGAUGUUUUUUCAGAUGAUGAAGAGAUGGACGAUAGCCACAUGACUAUUAUCCGGCGAAUACAACCACAGGACGGAAUACCCGAGGCCACUCAAGCUUUUCUAGCAAAAGCCACUCGGGUAAAUACGCGGAAGGCGUAUGAUCAAGGGUGGAGAAAAGGGGCUACUUGGUGCCACAGACAGAGUCCCUCAGUGGAUCCAAAAAGCUACGACGUACAGGUGUUCCUCACUUUUCUGAUUGCACACCAACAUCACUCCCUAUCGUCAUUAAACUCGAUAAGAUCUGCCAUAGAUUCGGUGUACAAGAUACUCCACCCACAACACCUUCCACUCGCUGAACAAUCUUUGGUGAUCGAAUUCUUCUGGGCAAAACGACGUUCUGAAAUUCGACUUGCAACCAUGCAACAAAUCCAGACGUGGGAUUUAGAUAUUCUGACCUUGUAUAUCAAACGCUCACUACGAGACAAUUCCAUACUUUCUCUGUACGACCACCAGCAGAAAACCUCCCAGUGUCGGCGGAACCCCAGUGCACUUUGA